ACACACAAACAAUUACAUUAACAACACAUCAUAAGAUAUUUAUAUAUUAUAUUGAUAAUAGAAAAUAUCUUAUACAAGGUGUUUUAAUAAAAAAGAGUGUAUGAUAAUUAAAGAAAACGUUGCAGGGGGUGUUACAAAAUAAGUGAAGAUGGAGCGGUGUGGUAGUGUGCAUGUAAUCUCCAAGGAGCUGAUCAAGCCAUCAUCUUCAACUCCCCACCAUCUUAGAAACCUCAAACUAUCACUGCUUGAUCAGUUAUCACCUCCAGUCUAUGUUCCUGUCAUCUUCUUCUACGAGGCCGACGAGUUGAGAAGCUUGACCAGCAGCACUGACCCUGCUCAAGUAUGUCGAAACUUGAAACACUCCCUCUCAAACACUUUAACUUCCUUCUAUCCGAUAGCCGGAAAGAUUGAUCCACAAAAUGUCACGGUUUGUUGUGAUGAUACCGGCGUUGAGUUCAUUGAAGCUCGUGCCAAAGCCCGCCUUCGGGACGUUAUACGGGAACCGGAGGUAGACCAGUUUCAGUACCUGCCGGUGGAGCUUCUUGAGGGCAUAUACAUCGGUGAGGGUACCCUUUUGAUGGUGCAAAUCAACUUCUUUGAGUGUGGAGGGGUUGCCAUUGGAGUAUGCAUGUCCCACCUAGUAGCCGACGCGUCAUCCCUGGUGGAGUUCAUGAAUGCAUGGGCAGCUACCUGCCGGGGAGAGAACCCAAAAUCUGGUCCAGAAUUUGGCGUGAUGGCACACUAUUUUCCAGCACAAGACCUGUCUGACUCGAACAUCUCGCCGUCCCUCCUCAUGGGGAACGACAAGCUUGUGACGAAGAGGUUUGUGUUCGAUAAGGAGAAAUUGGCAGCCCUUAAACAGGCUGCAGCUACUGGCGAUGGAUCAGAUGUGAAGGAUCCCACAAGGGUAGAGGCUGUCUCGGCUUUUAUACUGAAAUAUUCCAUAGACAACAACCUCCUGGACGCCAAGAAAAGCGUAGUUGCCGCGCACAUGGUGAACAUAAGGUCAAGAGCAAGCUCAUCUCUUGGGAACGCCUUCGGCAAUGGAUGCUUCCUGUGUGCAGCAGAAUUAGGCCAUGAUCAGUACCCUUGGCCUCUCCCGGAACUGCUGAGCAAACUGAGGAAAGCAAUAAGAACGAUCGACGAUGAGUACAUAAGAGAAACGGAGAGGGAAGAUCGUUACUUGAGUGAUCUUGGUAAAUUAUGCAACUUGGUUUCAGAGGGAGGGGCGGAGGUGUUUCUUUUCAGUAGUUGGUGUAGGUUUCCCAUGUACGAGGUGGACUUCGGGUGGGGGAAGCCUGUUUGGGUGUGCACCACUGCAUUCCCAAUGAACCAUCUUGUGAUUCUGAUGAGUACAAGAGAUGGGGAUGGGAUUGAAGCAUGGAUCAACUUGCUUCCGGAUCAGCUUCAAUCACUUGAAAACCAAUUCAAACUGAUUGGUACCACCACAAAUUACCCAGGAAAUGAAGUACUCUGAUCAUCCAUAUCAAUCAUAUUGUUUAGAAAUAAACUGAUGGUAUAAUUAUAUUGCUGGAAGGUAUUGAAGGAAUCGUGCAAGGUUGAUCAGUAGUUCUUGUAAUAGCCCCAUGUUAUAUGUUGUUAAAUUGUAACUUUCGUUAUGUAAUUAUAAGGGGUGACAUUUUCGGUCAUCUUGAAAUUGAAAUUGGGGAUUAAGUAGAAUAAUUUAGAAAUGGACUAAAUGUACUUAAUUUGGUCUUAGGUGUUUUUAGUUUUGGCAGUUUUA